AUGAAGGAGAAUGAUAGAGCAGAGUUGACACCAGAAACAGCUGUGCCUGAGGCUCUCAUGGUAGGAGAAAUUAUAAACGAUUUGAUAACUGCAAUCACCAAGUUUCUUACUCCUGCAGUACGCGAUGAUCAGCACCUGCAACAAGGGCUAGUGGUUCCGUUGCAAGCAUAA